GAAGAAAGUUUCAAGACCUUAUUUUGGUCAAUAUUUGGCUUGUCUGAAGUAACCUCUGUUGUCCUCAAAUAUGAUCAUAAGUUCAUAGAGAACAUUGGUUAUGUUCUUUAUGGCAUAUACAAUGUAACAAUGGUGGUAGUUCUGCUGAACAUGCUGAUUGCUAUGAUCAACAGUUCAUAUCAAGAAAUUGAGGAUGACAGUGAUGUAGAGUGGAAGUUUGCUCGUUCUAAACUUUGGUUAUCUUAUUUUGAUGAUGGAAAAACAUUACCUCCACCAUUCAGUCUUGUGCCAAGCCCCAAAUCUUUUUUCUAUUUCAUCAUGAGGAUCAUUAACUUCUCUAAGUGCAGGAGGAGACGGCUACAGAAGGACAUUGAAAUGGGAAUGGGCAAUUCCAAAUCUAGGUUAAACCUUUUCACUCAGUCAAACUCCAGAGUUUUUGAAUCACACAGUUUUAACAGCAUUCUCAAUCAGCCGACACGCUAUCAGCAAAUAAUGAAAAGACUGAUAAAACGUUAUGUUCUGAAAGCACAAGUGGACAAAGAAAAUGAUGAAGUAAAUGAAGGUGAACUGAAGGAAAUCAAACAAGAUAUCUCCAGUCUUCGCUACGAACUUUUGGAGGAUAAGUCCCAAGCAACAGAAGAGUUAGCAAUUUUAAUACAUAAACUCAGUGAGAAACUAAAUCCUAAUAUGUUGAGAUGUGAAUGAUUCAACAAAGGAACCACGGCUUUGACUACAGCACAACUAUUUAUUGGCAAUAAUAUUUCAGUAUCUUAUACUUGAAAAAUGUAUUGUAGAUUUUUAGCACUAAAUAACUUUAUGUACAGCUUCUGGAAUUUACUCUUAGGAAAUUUUAUUAACUCACCACAAAAAGAUAGCUCUCUUCAUUUUAAUUGUCUAAAAGCAAGAACUAUCAAAUUUUUUUUUGCAUUUAUGCAUUUAAAAGGUAUAAUGGUAUCAAUUGCUGAUAUUUUAACAGGUUUAUGAAUACAUAUUGAGAAUUCUUUGCAAUAAAUUUGCAAGAAAAAAUUAAAAUAACAGAUAUGGCGUAGCACUCGGUUCCUUGCAGCAGCUGGUACGAAUAAGAUUUUUCACAAUACCAUAAAUCAACCAGA